GAAGGCUCUACCUCCCAUGAAUUAAUGUGUUUUUCUUUACACACAGAGGUCUCCCGGAUGGAGGAGACAGAGCAGCGUUUGUUCCUUCAAAGCUGCAAAUUGAUGUGUUUUAGGACGUCUUGCGUGGUGGUAAGUAAAGAGUCCUAUACUUCUUCUAUCACUGUUAAAUAGUCGGGGAAAGAUAGAAAUCUGUCCCAAGCUUUCCAAUCUGAGAUCCAAGCCGAUAGCUUUCCAGUCAUUGAUGGGAUUUCCUAAAGCCAGCAGCUGUAUAGAUAAUGUACAGCUGUACUGGGGUGUGUUAAGAAGGGCUCGGAAGCAGCAGUUUAAAGAAGAGCAGGGACAAUGAGACUCCCGUUUCAAUCUGAGCCGCUCCAUACCAUCCUGUCUAAGUAAUCACUAUAGGUCCGGAGGUCAGGAGGGUUACUGGAGCGGAGGAGAGAUGAAGGAAACGGAGAGAGAGAGCUGUUGGGACGGGUGAACUGACACGGUAUAGGGAGCAAAGGGGAGGGAAAGUAACAGAUGGACUUGUGCGGAUUAGAGGGAAAUCUGGGUGGGUUUCUGCUGGAAGCUCACCCAAGACGGAGGAGGGAGCGCAGAGGGGAGGUGAAGAAAUCUGCAGCCCUGCUCGAGGAGAGCUGAAGGAAACAUCAAGGAGGAGGGUCUCUCCGCCGGGGGUCUCAAACGUGGUGGUCGUCCAGACAAAGACAUCAUGAGAGUCAUUCUGCAUUAAUCUCAUCCUCCGCACCCUGCAAGAUUAACACAGAUUACUCAACCCGGAGGUAGGGCUGAGACACCGGACUAAUCACUCCUUCCCGGGCUCAAUCCUCCCCCCCUGCCCCCCCUCCCUGAGAGGUGGAGGAGGAACAGGUUGAAGAGCGGGACGUGCCCUGAGAGCAGGACUGAUUAGUUUCAAAAUCCGCAGGAUAAGAUUUAGACGCUGAUCUUCAUCUGAGAGCGAAGAGGUCAGAGACACAGAGGCAUGAUAGCGGCAGAGACAUGGGGUAAGGAGGGCGCUCGGUGAGGAGACAUGUGUGGAGUCAAACAUCUCGCCUGGCUCGUGCCCUAACAUCAAGAAGAGAGAGGGAGGUCUGGAUGAUUUUUGACUGACUGAAUCUGGAGCUGGAGGAGUGCUGGAGUUCCCUCCUCCAACCUCUGGCCUUCACAUCUGUUUCUUUCACAGUCGCAGUGAUUAAAUCCAAGCACUUCAUCUUUCUCCACCCCACUGUCCUCUGACCCCCACUCAUCCACUGCCCUCCUUCCUCGAUGCCAGCCCGGCCUCCAUCUUUGCACCCGCCCUCUUUUCAGAUUGCCCUCUAACCUUCGUUCCACUUCUCAACAUCCCUAAUCCACUCUUUUUCUCUUUUUUCCUCCUCCCGUUCUCAAUGAAUCUGUUUCAAUUGCAACACCAACCACAUCAUCAAGUCGCCUCAUCCCGACAUGUCAGGCCUCCUCGCUCCUUUGACUGUCACCCUGACUCAGCAGCAGACCCUUCCAGGCACUAGCCGUUCUUUAUAAACCAGAGAGCUGGAACACACUUUUAUUUGGUCAGAACCGUGUUAAACUUUGGAGAAGCAGCCAUGCUGGAGAACAUGUCCAAACGUAACCGCUCCCUGCUAUCACUCUUCCUCACCUCUCUGGCGCUCGCCCUCUCUGUCUUGGCGUUCUGCACCUCCUACUGGUGCGUGGGGACACACAAGGUGGUGAAGCCUCUCUGCCUGUCACCGGUGAAGAUGAAGAACUGCGGGGAGAACAACAGCCAGCCGUACACUACAGAGGCCCCCACCCCGGACCCGAGGAACCCGCCCUCCAACGUGACGCUCACCCCGCAGCAGAAGGAGGAGCUGGCACGGAUAAAGAGGAAGCAGCUGGCCAACGCCGUUCACUACAUCUGGGAGACGGGCGAGGACAAAUACAUGCUGCGCUACUUCCACACCGGCUUCUGGCUGUCCUGCGAGAAGCACAAUGAAGGUCAUGAUCAGGAAGAAAAGUGUCGCAGCUUCAUUGAGCUGACACCAGGAGAGACACAAGGUGUCCUCUGGCUUUCGGUCAUCAGUGAGUUCAUGUACAUCGGUCUUCUGGCAAUGGGCUUCCUGCUGAUGUGGGUGGAAGCGAUUUGCCUCUGUGCUAAGAGGGAGAUGAACGCCCUCAAGAUCAACGCAUAUGCUGCCAUGUGCACCGUCCUCUCGGGUUUGAUGGGGAUGAUGGCCCACAUGAUGUACACCACUGUUUUUCAGAUGACUGUUAGCAUCGGGCCCAAAGACUGGAGGCCGCAGAGCUGGGACUAUGGAUGGUCUUUUGCAAUGGCGUGGCUGUCGUUCAGCUGCUGCAUGGCCGCCGCUGUCGCAACGCUCAACUCCUACACCAAGACCCUCAUCGAGAUGAAACACCGCGCCCGGAUGAGGCUGGAGGAGGCGCGUUCUGUUGCCCGCGCCCCCUCAUAUGAGGAGGUGGUGCGUGGCAGUACUGCAGGGGUGUACUCCGUCAGUCAGCUGAUACAACUCGGCCAGCAGGGGGUGCUCAUAGACCCUCUUUGGCCCAGAGGAGUGGGACCAGCGGUUGGACCUCUGGCGUGUGGUGCCGGAGCACUGCUUGUUGGCGGGGGAGGACUUGGAGUUGAUGGGAUGGAAGCUGAUUGCGUUGGAAUGGGAAUGGGAGGAAUGAUGAGCAUAGGCGGAAAGGGGUGUGGAGGAAAUGGAGUUGGCAUGGGAGCUGUGGGAGGAGUUGGGGGAAUGGGAUUUGGAGUAGUGGGACCAAUGGGAGGAAUGGGGAUCGGAGGGGGAAGGCUGGUGGAUCACCACGGUUUAGUUGUCGUUGAGGGAUGCGGCGCUGAAGGAUGUGAAGACUGCGAGCGGGAGAUGGACGAGAUGGAUUACGCUCUGCAGGACGAGCGAGAGGGGGAGCUCUGCUAAGAGGACUGGGAGGAACAUCUUACCAUUUAACUGCUGAUUGUAUAAAGCAGUGGUUUACACGUUUGUUUCUUGACCACUAGGGGACAGAAAGAUACAAACGCAAGCUAAACAGGGUUACGAACUCUCCGCUCUGAUGCUCUGUUGGAUUAUCACACUGCCACAGGUAUAAUGUACGCAGACCUGCCUCAUUAUGAAACCAAUGCAGUUGUGUUUUGUGCUAAUGGAUCGCUAUCAAAGCACAAUAUCUACUCUCCUUCUAUUCACGAUUUGUUCUCCAUCCAGAGAGGAAGGCAAACACUGUUUGGCUUGUCUUGUAUGAGUUGGUCAAUCAAACCAGCGACCUCUGACUUUGAUCAUGAGAACAAUGUGCAUCAGAACCAAAACAAGAAGCUAAAAGAGGCUAAAGGCUGCAUAGAUCCAUAUCAACAGAAGGGACCUAUUUUGAUUCCUUAUCCAUCGCUCUACUCAUAGUCUGCUGCUGAUCCAGGGCCCGGUCAGGAAGCAGACCAAGCAGACAAGUCAACACAAACCUCAUCCCAGACAGAUUUUCCAGAAUCUUUUUUGGGGGAUUCCAGAUGUGUAUGAUCUCUGUAGCAAGUUUGGAACAACCCCCAUAAGUUCAUGGAAAAUCUCUAAAAGGACGCAACCUGAUCAGAUGCUUCUUCCACCUGAAGAAGCAGAGGCCCCAUUCCCAGCUCCAUCCAGACGUCAGAGCUCCUUAUCCUGUUCGUAAUGCCGAGGUCAGACUACAUGUUAGACUCAGACGCAGCCAUCGAUCAGUCGUUCCCGGGGUUGUGUCACAUAGUGAACGACAAAUCAUGGCCACAUCAGGGACGCCUCACGACCUCCUGACAGAAAGUCGAGCUGAUUUUUUUCUGCCUUCUACGCUGUGAUCUGUUCCAUCAGUGG